GCACAAGGUGAAGUGAAAGCGUUGAAUACGUUCUUCAAUUUAAUGGCGACCGAACCAGCUCGUGCAUUCUACGGCCUGAAGCAUAUCGAAAUGGCGAACGAACACUUGGCGAUUGAAACUUUAUUACUGUCUGAUUCAUUGUUUCGUUCGAACGAUAUAAAACAACGUAAGAAAUACGUCAAUUUGGUCGAAUCAAUCAAGGAACAAGACGAAUUCCAGUGGAAUGAGCUCAACCUCACUUAUUGA